UAUUUUUAAUGUCCAGUAAAGAUAACAGUGAGUGGUACUUGGGGGUUGUCCGUGAUGCUGUACGUGAUGCUGUGCACAACACUGUCGUAGAGAAAGGUUCCGUGAGCAAGAAUGAACUGUGUGGAGCAACAUCUCCAAACGCAUCAAAAUCUCACGCACUUGAUAUUCUGUCCGAGUUGCCUGUCGAGUUGUCUCUCAAGAUACUAUCGUAUCUCACCGUCUUCGAAUUGUGCCAGUCGGUCAGUUACGUCUGUAGCAGAUGGUACUCCUUGUCACGUGACCUCAAUCUCUGGCAUGCAUUGGACAUCAGCACACGUGACCGGCAGCACAUCGGAGUCGAACAGUUACUUGGAAUAAAACACAUGCUGACGAGACUGAGGAGUCUAGACGUCACGGAACGAGACGACGUCGUAAACAUAAAGGGACUAAUCGAAUUAUGCUCGUCGCUGUCGUCACUCAAACGUUUCAAUCUCGGAUUCUGUUGCAACUUGAAUCGGCCGUGUUUGAAAGUGAUUUCUCUCUACUGCACGGAUCUCGAGCAUCUCAACCUGGAAGGAUGCAAGAACGUCGGCCCACGAAGUCUGGCACCGUUGGCAUCGCUCUGUUUAAAGUCCCUAAGCCUUUCUCAUUGUGAUUGGCUCGAGGAGUCGGACAUUGUUGAUCUCCUCGAGCAUCAAACGACGUUGGAAGCUCUCGAUAUCGAUGGCAUUCCGUGCACAUCGUUGUCUGCGUGUCGUAAGGUGGCUGAUCUGGCUAAAACGUUGACUCGUCUGCGUGUUGAUGGUAUCUCUAUGGAGGACGGAUGUUUGGAGUAUGUGUCUCAUUGUGUGAAUUUGACCGAGUUUCGUAUUUCGUUUUGUGAGUUGUUGACGGAUGUCGGACUCGAUCACUUGCAGUCGUUGGAUCGUCUCUCGUCGUUGUGUUUGAAAAAAGGUUUUUUGUUCUCGGCGGGAGGUUUGGUUGGGUUGUUUGAGGCGUGGAAGCUUGGGGAUCCAGCGAGAAUGGUUUAUCUCAAUUUGACGGAAUGUUCUCUGGUGGAUGACAGCACGGUGACUGCUAUUGCUGCAAUUUUUAUCAACUUGCAAGAACUGCAUUUGGCUUGGUGUUGGGAAGUCACAGAUACCGGGUUGUUGUCUAUUGUUCGAUCUCUGAGAGACCUGAGGCAUCUUGAUCUGUGUGGUUUGCGUAAGAUCGUUGGUGUGCCACUGAAAGAUAUUCCGUUCAAUCAGAAACAACUUGUGAUGCUGGAUUGUACACAGUGUCAUGUUGUAAACGAUUCUAUAUUGCGAGACGUCGCAUGUACGAUGCCACAGCUGAAAGUGAUCAACUACUACAACAAUCGAAUGGACAACUUCUCACAACACAAUUGUACACUCGGUACUUCUGAUGUUGAAUAACAGAAAUA